AUGUCUAUGAUAACAGCAACUACAUGGGUGCGCCGCGGUGUGGCCGCCCCGUUUCCAGAAAAAUAUGAAAUCGACGAGGCGGAGAUCAAUCGGAUAUCGGAGCUAGCAAAGAUUCAGCUUGCAGAUGCAAAGAUAGAUCUAAAACAAGCACAGGAUAAUCCCAACAAGGAUCGAAUGGAUGUGGGAAAGGAGGAAGAUGAUCAGAGUGAUGGGGAUUCUACGGAGGGAGGCAGGAAAGAAAAGGGGAAGGAAAAAGGAGAGGCAAAGGGUGGGAGCAAGAAAGACGAAAGCAUUAAUGAUGAUGACCUAAAAGAGUACGACCUUGAUCAUUAUGACAGCGACCCUGUGGAUGAGGAUGGCGAACAAGUCACGAUGUUCGGCAACGUCAAGUCGCUUGCGUACCACCAGCCCAACGAAGAGGAUCCUUACCUAGUCAUUCCGGAGGGAGCCGACGAUGACGAUGAUGAUGAGAGAGAGGAAUUACAAAUUCUACCAACUGAUAAUCUUCUCUUAGCGGGGAAGGUGGAGGAUGAGGUUGCGCAUAUGGAAGUAUACGUCUACGAGGACGAGGCGGAUAAUUUAUAUGUGCAUCACGAUAUCAUGCUACCUGCUAUCCCACUGUGCCUCGAGUGGCUGGAUAUACCCGUUGGUCGGAACUCUGAAAACCGAACACACGGAAAUUUUGUCGCAAUUGGCACGAUGGAGCCGGAUAUCGAAAUCUGGGACCUAGACAUUGUGGAUUGUAUGUAUCCAAACGCCAUCCUGGGUCGGGGUGGGCGGGAAGAAAACGCAGAGGCAAGCACGAAAAAGAAAAUGAAAAAGUCCAAAAAGGCAAACGAAGACUACCACGUGGACGCCGUCCUUGCUCUGGCAGCGAACAGGCAGCAUCGCAACCUCCUCGCAUCCGCAUCGGCAGAUCAAACCGUCAAACUGUGGGAUCUGACCACAACCAAAUGCGCUAAGUCUUACACAAACCACACAGAUAAAAUCUGCUCCUUGGACUGGCACCCGAAGGAGUCAACGGUCCUCUUGAGCGGAAGUUACGAUAAGACCGCCGUAGCUGGUGACAUGAGAGCUCCCGAUGCAAAGGUUGCGAGAUGGCGGGUAGACAGCGAUGUCGAGAACGUCCGGUGGGACCCGCACGAUCCCAAUUUCUUCUACGUCACGACAGACAGCGGGAUGGUAUACUGCCACGACGCCCGGCAGGAAUCGGCCAAGGCUGUGUGGAUGUUGCAAGCGCACGAUUCCUCCGUCUCGUCCUUCGACGUCAACCCGACCAUCCCUGGUUUCCUCGUCACGGGAUCCAACGACAAGCAGGUGAAGCUGUGGAAUGUGCAGGAUAAUAAACCAAACAUGGUUGUUUCGCGGAAACUUGAGGUUGGGAAGGUAUUCUCUACGACAUUUGCGCCGGAUCAGGAGGUCAGUUUUCGCCUUGCGGUUGCGGGGAGUAAAGGGGUGGUUCAGAUUUGGGAUACAUCUACGAAUGCUGCUGUGCGUCGCGUUUUUGCUUCGCGGUUGGAACCCUCGGCGCAGGAGGAGGUUAAGGAGCGGAUGGUUGGCAUUUCGCAGAAUGAUAGCAGUGAUUCAGAGGACGAUGAUGAAAAUGGUGAAGGUGUUGCGGUGGGCGAGGAGCGUGACCAGGACGGAUGUGAGUCCAUGGAUGAAGAUUAG